UGAAAUGCCAAUGUUUACACAGAGACAGCUUCUAAUAAUUGGUCGCCUUAAAAGCUUUUAUAACAUAUGUUUGAUUUACCCUGCGUAUGAAUAGCUAGUCUUUUUUCCUCCGGAUUUUCAAGAAUAAAAGAGUUGCAGUUCACUGAGGUCGUCCCUUGUCUCGUCAUAUGCUUUUCAUCCUGUUUUAGCAGUGUUUUGAAGUCACUAAAUGGCUCUGGAUUUGUGCUAUAGACUUGCUAUGGUGAGUUAUAGCAGAUAUAUUGUAAAGACUUGCCAUCGUCAUGGAUUUUCUCACUAAACUUUCAUGCAGUAUAAAUGAAUUUAAAGAGAAAUAACUAGAAAUGUGCAGUUUUAUUUGAGUGAAGACAGUGUUGUGUGUGAGUGUAACAUCGAGGCAUUUUUUAUUAUCCAGAUUAAGUGCUUUAAAUGUAAAUGUUUCUUUUGUUCGAAGAAGUCUUGUUCUCUUCCCUUUUUAUUUUCUCACACUCUGUGUGGGGAAGAAACGCGAGGACCUUUGACCUGUGGUGUCAUAGCAACCUCCUUUAUCCUGUUAUAAAGUUUAGGUUUAGCUUCUCCACGUAUUUAUUAAUAUUUUAUUUUGAUUGCUAAUUUUAACAUGUCACAAAUGCAGCUAAAGUGUGUUUAACAACUCCUCCAGAUAAGAGAUGGUUUGGGUCUCUAACUCUGUCAGAGCUGUUUGACAUCACUUGUUAGGCUAAUUAUGUGGCGUGUAAUAUUUUAGUGGUUAGCGUACAUCUGGUAAAGUUUGCUGACAGAAAACUCUCGUAUUCUCAGUAGAGUGGUAGGUUGCACUGCAAACGAAGAAAUAGAAAUCGAAGUUCCCCUAAAUCUACAAUCUUACUCAUUGACAAAAACAUACUUUUUUUUACUCAGAAUAUAAAAAAAACUUUUGUUUUGAAUAUGCAAGUUAAAGUGAUGUGUCCCGAUAAACCUUUUAUUGGUGGGAUGUGUUGACAUUUUGGCUACAUGUGGUUUUUCAAAGCUAUUGGUUCCCGUUCGGUUAGCUUUUCAUAUGAACUGACUGUCCUGAACUUUUAUACUAAAAUUAGAGCAUCAGUAAGUACUUGUUUGAUAAAAAACACUCGUCUUGUUAGCCUAGCUUUAUCCCGCCACAAGCCUCCGUGCUCGGCUUCAUAUCAGAAACUUUCUGAAAGUUUUCAGUUUAGAUCUUCCAGCAUUGCCCACUUCCUCUCCUCCCCAUUCCGACGAGCUGAGUUUAGUGCGUCCGCCGGCCCCUCUGGAACGUUGAUGAGUCAGUUUAGCCUUCUUCUUCUUUCUCUCUUUUCCUUUCUAUCGCGGUGUGUGUUCUUUUACCUCGCAAACAGGUUUUUGCUUCGCUUUUUUUCCCUCUUUUUUUUUUUUCUUUCUCUCUCUCCAUCUCACGGUGGCUGCACGUUCUCCAUCUGUGUGGUCUGGAGGCUGGUGCGGUUGACUAUUGCUAACCUGACACAGGUUGGACAGAAUGAGUCGAAAGAAAAGUGAUCGAGAAGAACGGCGUGGUGUGGUCACCCCUUGCACCCAGGAUCAUCUGCACCUGUGAGGUCUUCUGAGAAAAGGAAGUACGGGACAGCGCAUUUCACAAGCAACGCACGUAGAGCGAGUAAACUUUGUGAACACUGUGGGGAAAAAAUGGAAUGAUUCCCAGGCCAGAAUGGAUGUGGAAUAAAGGAUACCUCGGAGGGCUCCUCAGGGAAGGGUCUUUGGAUACUCUGCCAGCUUUGAUAUCUGCCUCCCUGUUGGAUUUGAGUGUGAUAAUGCUAUAACCCAAUGCUUAACAGAGAUAUGGUGCGGAAAAAGAAUCCCCCUUUGAGAAGCUUCGGCGGUGAAGAAGAGGAGGGCGAGGCAGUGGCGGCUGAGGCCACGGGCCCAGAGAGCGGGAACGCAGUGAGCCAGGCCUCAGAGCCCGACCGGGCUGUGGGUGAAGAACAGGAGGAACCGUCCUCCCCUGGCCCCAUCAAACCAGACAGGCCUGACUUGCAUUUCUCAAGCCACAACCUGGCAGCAUCUUACUCCAGCCACGAGGGCACCGAUACCGAACCGCUGGACUCUACCGCCUCCCCAACGAACUCUGAUCCAGAUGAGAGAGGAGACUGUGAGGAUGACCGGAGUGGUCUAAAACCCAGCACCCGGUCAGGCGGCGUCAUCGUACAAGGCUGCACCAGUAAUGGAGAGGAGAGGGACGUCACACACAGCCCCCUAGCAUUGCUGGGCUCUGACAGCCCUCGUGGUGCGGCUGUCGAAGGCUCUAAAGUUCCUCCUGUUACACUUCAUCCACAGAGGCCCAUUGGGGGAGCGGAGGAUGCCCCUAGCCCUCUGGGAGCUGAGACUGGAGCACCUCCACCCACCUCACCCAAACUACAAGACUUUAAGUGCAACAUUUGUGGGUACGGUUAUUAUGGCAAUGACCCCACGGACCUGAUCAAACACUUUCGUAAGUACCAUUUGGGCCUGCACAACCGGACACGGCAGGACGCAGAGCUGGACAAUAAGAUUCUGGCACUACACAACAUGGUGCAGUUCACAGCUCAAACACAGGCCAAAGAUUCAACGCGCCUCCUCGGCCAAUCAACUCAGAGCAGCUCUGCGGCGGAAGCAGGGUCACCCAGAUCCUCUGUACUUAACGGCACCUACGACGUACAGGUAAUGUUAGCCGGCACGUUCAUCGGAAUCGGGAGGAAGACACAGGACUGUCAGGGCAACACCAAGUACUUCCGCUGCAAGUUCUGCAACUUCACCUACAUGGGAAGCUCUUCUGUAGAUCUAGAACAGCAUUUCCUGGCCACCCAUCCCAACAAGAUGAAAAGUCCACCUCCGUCCAACACCAGCCACGAGGAGAAGUCCUCAUCUGAACGGAAGGGGAACUGUGUAUCGCGCAUUGGGGCAGACGAGCAAGGGAAGUGGGCCGAUCGGGUGGCGGUGCGGGCAGAAAAUGACUCUGUGGCUGGGUACUCCGUACCAAUUAGGGCGUCAGAUUCUCCUAGCCACACUGGAGGUGACACCCCUGCCUCCUAUUACUGGUGCAAGUAUUGCAGUUUUAGUUGUGAAGCUACCAGUGCUUCUAGGCUUCUGGAGCACUAUGAGAAGAGACACGGCCAGGCGGCCAUCAGGGAGGGAAGUCCAGGGGAAAGGGACAGAAAGGCCCGAGACGGAGACUCCCAAUUACAGAAAAAGGAGAAGACUGGAGCAGCGGGUGACCAGGAAACGGUAGUAACAAGUUACAACUGCCAGUUCUGCGACUUCCGCUACUCCAUGACUCACGGGCCGGAAGUCAUCGUCGUGGCUCCGCUUUUGCAUCACUACCAACGGGCUCACAGCAUUCACAAGUGCACCAUCAAACAUUGCCCCUUCUGUCCCCGUGGGCUCUGCACUCCUGAGAAGCACCUGGGGGAGAUUUCCUAUCCCUUCGCUUGCCGUAAGAGCUCCUGCUCACAUUGUGCUCUACUUCUGCUGCAGCUAACAGCCGGAGGGAACACUACGCCAUCCCCGCCAGCUCCCCGAGCAUCCGUCACCCAUCAGUGUGACCAGUGCCCGUUCGCCUCGACUGAUAUUGACUUGCUUCUCUUGCACUAUGACAGCACCCACACCUCGCACACCUUACUGGAAGUCAAACCAGAGGAGGAGGGAUCAGGGGAUGCAGGGCCAGGGACAGGACGGGACCAUCCUGGAGAGUACGCCUGCACUAAGUGCCAUUUCUUCACUGAAGUGGAGGAGGACAUCUUUCGUCACUACAGGAGAGUUCACGGCUGCUGCCGUUGUCGGCAUUGUAGUUUCACUGCCACGGACACCACAGCACUGCUGGACCACUUCAACUCCGCCCACUGCCAGGACUCUGUGGAUCCAGCCUCUGCUCCGGCCAACGGCUGCCCUGCCCCUUCAACCCUCCGCAUCAAAGAGGAGAGCAAAGGUGAUCUGAAACUCUAUAGCCUGGUGCCUCUAGAGGCCAGCAGAGCCGAGCCGCUUCCCGGCUCAGAGGGUGUAAAGAGUGAGGCCCAGGAUGAGAAGGAAAAAGGCUGGGUUGAAGCACUUGGCCCUGUGACUGGUGGUGCAGUCAGAGGUGGGGAGCAACAUGUGCAGAGCCUGGUGUGGGUACCCAAAGAACGUGCAGGAGAGAUCCUUAGAGGAAGCCCAGCCCCAUUCCCCCAGGCCACACUGGGUCUGCUGAACGCUGUGGCAGCUGGGGUAAAAGACCAGCAGCAGCAGAAGGGGGCGACCAUGCUUAGAGACUCAUCGGGACUGAUCUUCAACCUUAGUGCAGAUGCUAAAGGCUACCUGUCAGGGACGCCGACGAGCGGUGUGGAGAAAGCUGGGCAGCAGUACCCAACUUCUACCGAGGGCAAGAGUGCCAAGGAAGAGUCGCAGUCUCUCUUACGGAGACGGCGGGGCUCGGGGGUCUUCUGCGCCAACUGUCUGACCACCAAGACCUCACUGUGGAGGAAGAAUGCCAAUGGCGGCUACGUGUGCAACGCUUGUGGCCUCUAUCAGAAGCUGCACUCGACCCCAAGACCGCUGAACAUUAUCAAGCAAAACAACGGCGAGCAGAUCAUCCGUCGACGGACACGCAAGCGCCUGAAUCCUGACCCCGUACCAUCUGAACAGGUGGGGUCCAAGCAGCAGCGUGUCAACAGCGAGGAGCGUCUCAACGGCAGCCCCUUAGAGAGGAGGACUGAAGAAGCAGGAUCUGAUGGGUCUUUAUCACGUGCUGAGACCCAAGCGCAGUUGGGUAAAUACGAGGCUUACGGUUCCUCAGGACCCAAAAGUCACCCUAGCCCCCGCUCCACCCACGCGUUCCUCGUCAACCAGACGCUGGAGAUCCACAAGCGCAUGCCACCCCUACAUAUGCACAAGAGCCCUGUGGACGUCGGGGCUGAGGGCAACGGGCACAGUGCAGGACACCAGGGAGGGGACGGCAAGGGUGGUUCUGAACGGGGCAGCCCUAUUGAGAAGUACAUGCGUCCGUCGAAGCAGGCCAGCUACUCCCCUCCUGGAAGCCCUAUCGAGAAGUACCAGUACCCGUUCUUCGGCCUACCUUUCCUCCACAAUGACCUGCAAAAUGAAGCGGACUGGUUGCGCUUCUGGACUAAGUACAAGAUGUCUGUGCCGGGCAACCCGGGCCACUACCUGAGUCCCGUGGCUGGCCUUCCCAAUCCGUGCCAAAGCUUUGUGCCUUACCCUACCUUCGGCUUACCGCCUCAUUUCCCCCCACCAAACCCUUCUGGACCUGAAAACGACACGCCUCUUGACCUGGCCAUGAAACAUUCCAAACCCAGUCCUACGCCUAACGGGACCCUCGUCGCCAAGGAGAAAUGGGCAUCACCCGCUUCUCAAAGAGAGAAGGAGAUGGAACGCUCAGAAGAACCCGAAGAGGAGCGCUCCACUUCGCAAAUCGCCCAAACGGAGAUGGUUGAUCAGGCCACGCAAGAUGACAUCUCGAGCAAAUGUGCCCACUGUGGCAUUGUCUUUCUGGACGAGGUUAUGUACGCCCUGCACAUGAGUUGCCAUGGUGACGGCGGGCCCUUCCAGUGCAGUAUCUGCCUACAUGCUUGCGCUGAUAAGUACGAUUUCACAACACACAUCCAGCGAGGCCUCCAUCGGGCCGCCCCCGAGGCGAACGCCAACCCCUCAAACCAAUGAGCUUUACAAACCUGCAGUCCGAGCACAACUAGAGCAGCGAGGAAAGCGAGCGCUUGUACGAAUGAAUGCAUUUAACUUUUUUUUGCUUAAAAUAUGCCAAGACUGAUCAUGGUGCCUAAGCAGAAAAUGCAAGAAACUUCAGUCAGCAUAGCAUUUCUGUGAAAGCUCACACACACACGUAUACUUUUAGCAAACAAAGACUGCUUUUUGAAGACAUCGGUACAUGUAGCUACUCAAUCUAGAUAUAUUUUCGUUAGUCCAGAUAUGUAAUUUUCGACAAGGCAGUUCAGCAAGCAAGGUACAUCUACUCCAAUUUAAUGCUUCGUUUCUCGUCAUCGUGUGUAUUCGCAGAUUUAUGGAAAGUUCUCUUACCUGGUUCUGAUAAAAUGAGGAUGUGUUUCUGCAUGUGUGGCUCAGUGUAGGAAAAUGUGGCAGACGUCUGUCACUAUGGCAACAGCAUAAAUGACUGCUGUCCUCAAACAAACAUCCAGCAUCCUCAGGGAAUGUGUAUGGCUGAAUAGACAACAUUAGUUUAUAUUCCGUCUCCAGUUAACAUUAUACUAAAUGUCUUAUGGUUUUCUGUUAGUUCUUGUCUUUUUUUGUGUGUUGAAGUUAUAGGGUUAGGUAACUUCAGUCACAGAAUUCCAUCAAAACUUUUAAGCUGCUGCCUUAGUUUCUGGGAUGCAAUUCUCUACUCUAGAAAUUUGGGAAGGAAUAAAAAAAAAUAUUUUUUUCUAGGUUGUUAAUAGUAAAACCAUAUUAUCAGUGCCUGAUAUAUUGUACAAAGUAUUUUCUACAUGAGAUGUUGAUAUGCAACAUUGAACUCACAUCUGAAUAAGGGCCUUGAGUUUGGCUCUGACAUACGUUUACAUUUGCAAAUGUAGCAAACGUCAUAAGGAAGCGUCGUAAUGAAGAACACCUUUCAUGAAAACAGUAAGACAAUUCAGUUUCCUUUCCUCCAAAGGUGGAAUAGUAAACAAAAGUACUGUUUUUUCAUUCUUUCUUUUUGGCCACAAAAGGGCACUAUUCAUUCCAGGCGUUGUCAUUUCCUGUUGCCUCUUCUUACCAUGUACUUGUGCUUUGUUGUUGAUGAAGAAGCUUGUAUUGGACUGAAGUCUUCCUGCAUUUUUCUCCUGCUCUUCUGAUACCGAACAUUCAAAGGAAACUGAUGAGUCUGUGCUUUAUUCGGUCAUUUUAUGGGAGCCAGUGCUAAAAAUAAUAACUUUCCGCCAGUCUAAAUUAAUUCUGUUCCACCUUCAAUUCUAAAGAGCAGUUGAAAACACCUUUGACUUUUGUUUUUUAACAAUUUUAUUCAGUGUACUGUUGAUAAAACUUAAUAGCUGCAGGUGUUUCUGGUGCCUUUCGAUGGCAGUUGUCUCAAAGAGGCAUAACAUUGUUAUUUAUAUUGUUGUUUCACCCAGCUGUACUUUGGUUUUUAUGCUCCUUUUGCAACUUUUAUCAUGUGGAGUGGACAACUGUCUACCUGAGCGACCGAAAAACAUGUUUUGAAGUAAUAAUGAGCUCAGAUAUGAUCCAAACAUACCUUAUCAAGUCAAGCGCUUGGAUGUAUUUUAAAGCUGUUCACGCAUCUUCACAGUUUUCUUUUUUAUUUGAAUAGGAAAAGCUAAAAUAUUUGAACCUCCCAGAUUCUGUUUUUGUUUGCUAGCAACGUUGAGAUGUCUGUUGUUGUUGUUUUUUUGUUUUUGUUUUUUUGCUGUUGUUGUUGUGCUCCCAUGUGUACUUCUCCACACUUGCUCCUUUUCAUGGUCAAAGGUUCAGUGAGUUGGGUCUAGUCUGACUUCAUACAGACAUUAUUUAUAUGAACUGGGGAAAAGGGGGAGAGCUUGAGACUCAAAAUGUCUAACUUGUGCUCUCUCGCUUACUGUUUCUCAGAAACUAGCCUUACAACGCUGCUUAACUGCAAAUGCCUCUUACAAUAACUGAAAUCAUUAUAGAGCGUUGCUUUUCAACAAACCGUUUAUACAGUUGGGUAUUAAAUAACAUAAGAUUCUUUAUUUUUGUCUAAAUUUUCAUUUUAAUUUGAAAAUGUUAAUGCUUGCACUUCAGUUACUCUGUUGCAAAAGAAGAAAGAUGAAAUGUGUUAUUAGCAUGCUAAGUACAGGUACUGCAUUAUAAUUAAUGAAAGAGAUCUUGCCUAUGUUUGAAGGUCUAAGUAAUAUUGAAACACAAGGAGUAUUUGAUGGAGCCUGGAAGCUUGUUUAGCCAAGGUCAAGGCAAAGGGCAUAAAUAUGUAAAUGUUUUAACCAUUAUUCGUAGAAUGUUAUUGUUUUUACACUUGCUGCAUUUAAAGUGCAUAGAUGAUGAUUUUAGUUUUUUUUUUUUUCAGCUGCCACCUUAACUUUUAUUAUUAUUUUUUUCUUUCUUUUUUGUGUGGUAGGAUUUUACAUGCAAAAAGAUUCGAUAAAGAUGGCAAAGAUGUCUGUUACAUCUAAACUUGAAUAAUAAUGAUGACGAUGAUAAUAAUAAUGAUGAUAAAAUAAUAAAACAUUUUAGCAA